UAAGCGGUACAAUGUUGCGAUCGCAAGGGGUUAAAGCUGUUCAUAGGAGCGCAUCGCAGAGAUGAAGAACUACUUGGACAGCGCAAACUGGAAGACGACAUAUCAGACAAAGAAAGAAAGGACCUAAAACAAGAACAACACAUAGCUAUUGUGCUGUGGAGAAGAAAAAGUAGUGGCAUCAUCUUUUUUUAGUUUUUUUUUUCAUUAUGGAUAUUUUUAACUGAUCAAAAACUCGUCAGCUUAUCAGGCUACAUACAUGGGCUUUAAUUGCAUGUGUUUUCUCUUCAAAAUUGCUUACAUAAUAAUGUCUCCAGCCAUGGCAUGACGCUGAAGUGCCACUGAUGCUGAGGCUUUUAUCAAGUAAUACCAGGGAGACAAUAAAAUCACCUUGUAAUAUGACAAAAACGUGAUUUCUUUUUUCUUUUUCUUUUUUUCAAAAUCGCGCUUCACUGACUGACCUAACAAAUGAAUCUAAAUAAAUGAUUCUUCCAUGAUUUCAUCCAAUUUCAAUGAAGUCAUUGCAUGGAAGAUCUUGGUGCAUCCUUACAAGAAGCCUGGAUGGUACAACUUACUCUUGCGCUUAGAACAUUCUCAUUUGGGACGAGCCCGAACCAUUUCUAAAAACGAACGUUCAAGAUCUAGUGAACAUCACCGAAGCGAAGACUCGGGACUCGUCUUUUUGUGCUUUCCCUUUUUCGCUGUUUAAAGAAUGAGAAGUUUCCUACUCAAGGUGCUUUGUCUGACCGCCUGCGCGCUGUACGUGCGCUGCACGCCCGCGCCGGAACCCGAGGCGCGCACGACGGCGUCGCGCGAGUCGUGCGCUUCGUGCGGUCUCGCGCAGCCUGCCGACUCGGGGAGGAUGGACGCGGAGUUCGUGGAGGCGGUCAAGAGGCACAUCCUGACCAGGCUGCAGAUGAGAGAGAGACCCAAUAUCACUCAGCCCGUACCAAAGGCGGCCAUGGUGACCGCGCUGCGAAAGCUGCACGCCGGCAAAGUGCGUGAGGACGGCCGGGUCGAGAUCCCCGAUGUUGACGGACACGCGAGUCACGCCAAUGACGUCGAGGAGGAGACGUCGGAAAUCAUCACUUUUGCAGAGACAGAUGAUUUGCUGUCUUCAAAGUCCAGUCUUUUCUUCAUCAUCUCCAAUGAAGGCAACCAGAACCUCUAUGUGUCUCAGGCAAAUCUGUGGCUGUACUUUAAACUUCUGCCUAGUUUGUUGGAGAAGGGCACUCGAAGGAAGGUCAUGGUUAAAGUUUACUAUCAGGAACCAGGCCUGGGCAGCAAGUGGAACCUGGUGGAGAAGCGUGUGGAGUUGAAGCGCAGCGGCUGGCACACAUUUCCUCUUACUGAUGCCGUGCAACUAGUGUUCUCCAAAGGUACACGAAGACAAAACCUGGAUGUUCGGUGUGAUGGAUGUGAGGGGGUAGGCAUUCUGCCUGUAUUGGUGAACUCAGGUGACGAAUCGCACCGACCAUUCUUGGUGGUACAGGCACGUGCAACAGACAGCAAGCACCGCAUCCGCAAGCGUGGCCUGGAAUGUGAUGGUACAAGUGGACUGUGUUGUCGGCAGCAAUUCUACAUCGACUUUCGCCUCAUCGGAUGGAAUGACUGGAUCAUCGCACCAUCAGGCUAUUUUGGCAACUACUGUGAGGGAAACUGUCCAGCAUACAUGGCUGGCGUUCCAGGCUCAGCAUCAUCAUUUCACACAGCUGUAGUGAACCAAUACCGCAUGAGGGGGAUGAGUCCAGGUUCUAUGAACUCCUGCUGUAUCCCUACCAAACUCAGCACCAUGUCCAUGCUGUACUUUGAUGAUGAGUAUAACAUUGUCAAGCGCGAUGUACCCAACAUGAUUGUAGAGGAGUGUGGAUGUGCUUGAGCAUGGACUUUUCAAAAACUCAUAACUGCAAACGAUCAGUGAUGGAAGAAAUUAGUGUAAAAUGAUAUUUAUGGACAACUGGGUAAACAGUUGCCAUGAUGUCCACACCCAUAAACACAUGCAUGCACAAAUAUUUUGUAUAUAUAUUUAUGUUGGUUAAUAUCUUCCUGGUAGACUCAUUGCUAUGUGAUUCAGUCUUAUUUUAAUUUGUACAGUGGGUAUUGAUGUCAAAGGAAUGAGAAAGUUAUGUUACAGGUUAUUUUUGUUUUUUUUCUCUUCUCUCCUCUAAAAUUGAAGAAAAUUAAGAUGAGAGAGAACCUUAGGCAAAGGUCCUUUAGCAGAAUUUCUCAACUAUGCCUCUUUCACUGUAUACAAAAGCACUGACCAAUUCCCCAUUUACUCCUUUCAACAGCAGCACUUCACUUUACCACUCCAUGGAAAACACGACAACCGAUACAUUAAGAGUCUCCAUCAAGCAGUAUUCAUCCGUCAAACUCCAUCAAGCAACUGACCCAUACUGUCUAAGACAUGCUGCAUUCUCAUGUUAGUGGGUCUUACUUAAGAAAGACAUAAGCAGAUUUUUUUUCUGUUAAACUAGUACAAGGGCUUUUUACAUAACAGAAGAACUGUCUAAGUUCAUGUAAAAGGUCUGUUCACCAAGUAAAGGAAAUAAUUACUGUCAAUCCCUUCCUAUGUAUCUGUUACAGUGCUGUUGCAAAGAAAAACACUUCCAAAAGUACUUAAAAGAACUGUAAUAUAUUUCUUCUCCAUUUUUUAGCUGGCUUUUGGUACAGUAUCACACUUGCAAAAAAAAAGUCCUGAAUGCACAUUUUAUAGCACUUGCUAAUUAAAAUGCCUUUAAAUGGUACCAAGAGGCACACCUGCGCUCACUCACACUCCUUUUUUAAAUAAGUGCCGCACAAACUAUGCAAUGUAUAGUACAGACCCACUUCAGACAAACUAGCUAGUAGGUGUAUACUAUCUUUAAAUACUUGAAAUGUCUUUCGUUUCCUUCUCUAAACGAAUGGUUGUUAUGGUGUUUGCACUGAAAAAGUCGCAUUAUGAGUAAAAAAAAUAGAAAAAACUUGCCAUUGAAAUAAAAGUUAUUUUUAUAGACGUAAAAUGAAUUCAAUGUUCAAAUGUAUUAUAUUAAAUCAUGGAACCAAAGAAGGCAAGAUUUUUCUUUACCUAUGAUAAGAUGGCAAGACCAUCAUAUUGUUAUGUAAAAUACUUUUUUUUGAUCAUGUAAAAGGCCUAAACACUGUAUCAGGGUACCAUAUUAUGGAUUCCAUUUUCAGCUCAAUUCUCUUUCUUUCUUAUUUUGUACAGUAGAUAAAUGAAAUAUUUCAUAUUUUUUCAUAAACUUUAAUAUUUUCGGUUUUGUAUUUAAUACUUAUAGUUACUUUUGCAGAAUCAUUUAGAAUAAAAUAUGUGCCACCUGUGUACAGCAUAUGUGAGAUAAAGAAUGUUUUUAAAUAUUUUGUUCUUUGUAACUGUUAUAAAUAAAUCCCUUAUUAUA